AAGGAAACCAUACAUGGAUUUAAAGUGUGUAGUACAUACUGAAGCAUUAGCAUAACUGUGUCAUCAUUUUUACAAGCAGAGACUCCAGCUCAUGAAGCAGAUGCAAAGAUGGCUGUGGAGAACCAUGCCUCUACAGUGACCAACAUGGAGUACGACAACAGUAAAGUUGGCUAUAAGCAACUUUUAGAAGAUGGCAGCAAGUUCCGGUAUUCAGUUUAUGCAUUGAGGAACAGCCCUUUCAAGGUUGCCACAUUUGGUCUUGGGCUGCUGUGUGUGCUCCUGUUAGCUGGGGUCAUAGGUCAGAGUGUCCACUACCAAAAAGUUGAGCAAGACCAUCAGAACAACCUAAACGCCAUGACUAACAAGAGAAAUAAACUACAGGAGAACCUGAGGACAGAGCGAAAUCAGAAAAAAGAGCUUGAGACCACCCGCAGUCAAUUACAGCAAAGAAAUGAUUACUUAUCUCAAAGGAAAAAAAUAAUAGAAACCAAUAACAAUUUACUGAUCCAACAACAACAAGAACUUCAACUUGUCAAUAGCAAGCUACAAGCCAGUAAUGCUGCAUUCACCAAAGAGAUACAACAGUUAAAAUCCAGUAAAGACCAAUUGCAGACUAGUUUCCAUGCUGUAUCGACAGCCAAAACCUUGUUACAAAAAAAACACGAUUUAGUGGUUAAACGCAAAACUGAGGUACAGGCCAGUUAUGAGUCACUGACCAAAGACAGGGACAAUUUAUUGAACAAAUUCAAUAAUGUAACCAGAUCAAAAGACCAACUGCAGUUGAGUUACAAUGACUUGAUUAAGCGUGUUGAGCAUUUGCAGGACAGAUACAACUUCUCUACCAGUGAGAAAGACAAACUCAAAAGCAGUCAUCAAAACCUGACAAUAUCACAAGAGACUCUGAAGGCCACUUACGACCUACUUUUGACAGAGACAGAGAAGUUGCGGGCUACAUACUCGUCCUUGGUUCAGGAAAAAGAAGAGGUUGAAAAUAGUUGCAAAAACACAACUGUGGAGAGAGACUUGUUGAAGGUGAAAAAUGAUAACCUGACUGCUGAGAGAGAUGAGCUGCAGGCAGAGAUUGAGAGAAUGAAGACAAUGGUUCCAGCGAAAAAGUGCCCCACUGGCUGGACAACAUUUCAGCGCAGCUGCUACUUCACAUCUGUUGGCAAGAAGAGCUGGAAUGCGAGCAGAACCUACUGUCAAGGCAGUGGUGCAGACCUGGCAAUCAUAAAAAGCAAAGAGGAAAUGCAAUUCAUCAAUGGCUUGUAUUCAAGUGACAAAGAAGUCUGGAUUGGAUUAACUGAUGAAGGAAUAGAGGGGCAGUGGAAAUGGGUAGAUGGAACAACACUGACCACAUCGUUCUGGGAUAAAGACCAGCCCAACAGCUUAGGUGGAAGGAACCAGGACUGCGUGGAAUUCUGGCACCGUGCGACAGGAAUGGGUGGCUGGAAUGAUGAGAACUGUGAUAUUGAACAAAAUUUUAUCUGUGAGAUGUAGUUUUCCUGUACAGAGCGGUGGAGAGGUUUAGUUAGCAAUACCGCCAGUUGUACUUACGAUAAUCAUGUAAUGUCAGUGAAGUAUAAAACAUGCAAAUCAGGGACUGUUGUGAGCAGUCAAGACACAAUUUGCUGAAAAAUCAAUGUGACCAAUGUUCACACAAUGAAUCACAGCAUUGCUAAUGGCUAAAGCUUUAAAUGUACUGUUUGGUAUUAUGAAGUUAAAUUUAGCAGAUGGUCUGCCUCAUGCUGGAGCACUUUCUCGGUAAUGUGGAACCAGCUUGGUUUAAAGGGUGCUAAAACUCCCAUAGGUAUAUGUACACGCUGUAGAAGCAAGUAUGUUAGUGGUUUAACUCAUUGAUGGAGUGUGUGUUUGCUUGAAUUGCAUCGUUUGUUACCAGGCCCUGGUCUGCCAGCAGCUAAAAAAAGUAGCAAACUUGGUGAAAGUGGGUGAGUGUUAAGGCACCACCUUGAAACAAGGGUUUCGAUUAAUCUUUUUCUUACAAUAAUGACGAUGGUGACUAUUAGGAUGAUGCCAUGGUUCUCAAGCACAAAAAACAAAUGGCAAUAUUUGCAAAGUAAAUAAUGAAUUGACUUUAAGUUAUGUUUAAUAUUUCCAAAUUUAAGUACCAUAAAUAUUUCAAUGAUGAUCAAACAAAUAUAACAAAUAUUAUUUAACAAGUGACUGAAUCAAAUAACUAGUUGAUUUGACAGUUUCAGAGACUCAAUCAAAACAGAAUUCUUACUUAGGUGGAAACAAAAGACACACAGCAAACAUCACCUCUACAUCUAAGUGACAGCAGGCCUCUGCAGACAAAGAGAGUGUGGGCAGUAGAGUGUAGAGUGGGCAGUGAAGUGGGAGGUAACCACCAGCACCACCACUUGGGGUUUCCUUGUGGGAAAGGAAGGGAUAUAUUUGGCAUUUUCUAACAGUGAGAUAUUGUUUUUGUUAAUUAAUGUUGGUUAUUUUGAGUUCAGUUGUUCCGUCAGUUAGUUGGCUUGUUGUUUGCCUAGAACAGUAUGGUCCAGACAAGAUGAAGGUUCCCACAUAAUCAUAUAUGUAUUACCAGCCAUCCAGUCUGUGCGUGAACCAUUUGGAUUGACACAUGGAUCAAAGGCUGCUUACACUGCAAUAUUCUUCCGAAUACAUUUUAUGUUUUGAUUUAUAUACACACCUUAAAUGAGUGAUUGUAAUAAAAUAAUUCACAUUUUA